CUCUUCUUCACGUCCCAGCGCGGGCGGGCGCCGGCCGGCUCCUUUGGACUACAGUUCCCAGAAGUCCUCUGGAGCAGCGCUUCUCUCUCUCUUUCUCUCACUUCCAGGACCACAAUUCCCGGAGACUUCGGCUUCCCGGCGUUUUUCCUUUUCCCUGAUCUCUUCUGGAGCUGGCUGGGCUUCGGCCGGCCAGCAGUUCCACGGCGACGACGCGGCCUGUUGUGACCAGCCACAGGCUUUCCUCAGCGGCCCGUUUUUCUCUCCCCUCAGUUAUCCCCCUCGCAGGCCGUCGCGGCCGGCCUGAGCGGUGACCUGGCGGGCCGCGCCUGCGCUCUGCUCCGUUUCCUGCCUGGCUGGUGGCGGCGGCCAUUUUGUUCAUCCUCCUCCUCCUCCUGUUCCUCCGGGUUGGAGCGCAGUGUCCGGAGCGGGCUGGGGGGAGAGAGCCCGAGAGCAGGGUUCGGUGCCUUUUCCUCUGUCCCCAGCCGGUGCCCGGAGCCCCCCUCCCCCUCCUCCCCGCCCCUUCCCCUCCCCAGCCCUGCCUUCCCUCUUGUCCCGGGAUCGCUCCGUCGCACCCACCAUGAUGGAAGACGACGGGCAGCCCCGGACUCUACACACACAAGCUAAGACAUAUGGUUCUAUCUUCAGAAAACAAUAUGGUGUUUAUAGCCUAGAUACGUAGGUAACCUUUCCAGAGAUGUGACAGAAGUCCUUAUACUUCAGUUAUUCAGUCAGAUUGGACCCUGUAAAAGCUGUAAAAUGAUAACAGAGCAACCCGAUAGCAGAAGGGUCAACUCUUCUGUUGGAUUUUCUGUUUUGCAGCAUACAAGCAAUGACCCAUAUUGCUUUGUGGAAUUUUAUGAACACAGAGAUGCAGCUGCUGCAUUAGCUGCUAUGAAUGGGAGAAAAAUUUUGGGAAAGGAGGUCAAAGUAAACUGGGCAACAACACCAAGUAGCCAGAAAAAAGAUACUUCCAAUCACUUCCAUGUGUUUGUUGGGGAUUUGAGUCCAGAAAUUACAACAGAAGAUAUCAAAUCAGCAUUUGCCCCCUUUGGUAAAAUAUCGGAUGCUCGGGUAGUUAAAGACAUGGCAACUGGAAAAUCCAAAGGCUAUGGUUUUGUAUCUUUUUAUAACAAACUGGAUGCAGAAAAUGCAAUUGUACAUAUGGGAGGUCAGUGGUUGGGUGGUCGUCAAAUCAGAACCAAUUGGGCCACGCGUAAACCACCUGCACCUAAAAGUACACAAGAAAAUAACACUAAGCAGUUGAGAUUUGAAGACGUAGUAAACCAGUCAAGUCCGAAAAAUUGUACUGUGUACUGUGGAGGAAUUGCUUCUGGGUUAACAGAUCAGCUUAUGAGACAGACUUUCUCACCAUUUGGGCAAAUUAUGGAAAUAAGAGUUUUUCCAGAGAAGGGCUAUUCCUUUGUCAGAUUUUCAACCCAUGAAAGUGCAGCCCAUGCUAUUGUCUCAGUGAAUGGUACUACAAUUGAAGGACAUGUGGUUAAAUGCUAUUGGGGUAAAGAAUCUCCUGAUAUGACUAAAAAUUUUCAACAGGUUGACUACAGUCAGUGGGGCCAGUGGAGCCAAGUGUAUGGAAACCCACAACAGUAUGGACAGUAUAUGGCUAAUGGGUGGCAAGUACCACCUUACGGAGUAUACGGGCAGCCAUGGAAUCAACAAGGAUUUGGAGUAGAUCAAUCACCUUCUGCUGCUUGGAUGGGUGGAUUUGGUGCUCAGCCUCCCCAGGGACAAGCUCCUCCCCCUGUAAUACCUCCUCCUAACCAAGCUGGAUAUGGUAUGGCAAGUUACCAAACACAGUGAGCCGGGACUCUUAAAAAAAAAUUAUAAUUCAUGAUAGGCUUCAAUUUCCUGUGACACUCUGAAGACACGAAAGUAGACGUCGGAAAAUGAAAAUAUUUAUUUUAAAAAUUGAAAUGUUUGGAACCUUUAGCACAGCUUUGCUUUGGUGAAGGACACAUGUCUUCUAGUUCUGCCUUUUUAAGUUUUUGUUCAUGAUGGAUAUGAACAUGAUUUUUCUUUGUGUACAAAAACUAAAAUAAAGUCAAUAAAGACAAUUCUGACUACAAAUUUUGAUAUAAUAGGAGAAAUGGGUAAUACAUUUUGAUUCUUACAGAUACAAUUCCAUUUUUAUCUUGCUGUUCAGUAUUUUAACUCACUGUAUUUUUAAAAGAGCAAAAAAGGGAGGAUCGUGAAAAACUGGGAAUCACAUAUAAGUUCAUCCUGAAUCCUGAUACUCCCCUACCUUGUCCUGAGGUGGACCACAUUUGAAGUCAGCAGGAAAGAGUGUGAUAUUGAGAAGAAAUGCAUGAUAUUGAAGUCGCUUUGGAGGAAAUAUUUUAAAGAAACUGAAGCCAGACUGAAAUUUUGUACCCUAAAUAAGGAACAGCAUUGUCUGAGUUACUUGAGCAAAUAUUGGUGGUCCCCACGUUACGACAUAUUUUUGAAAUUUCCAAAAGUGUUGAUUAUUAAAAUUGUAGUAUAUUACAUUUCAUUUGGGGGGGAAUAUUCCAAGUAUGGUGUUUGUAUUAAAGUCAGACAGUCAUACUUGUGCUUUUACAUGAAGUUUAAAUGAUAUACAUUGUAAAUAUUGAGUAACUACAGUGUUUAAAAAGCAUGCUUCAACAUAGAAGUAGCAGCAAUGUAAUUAUUUGAAGUAACACUUAAUACAACUUCACUGCAUUGAAUGCAGUGGGUUGAUCAGAAUGUUUAAGACUGACAUUUUUCAAGGUUGGCUACUAUGUAAAAUUAAAAUUACACAAAUU